AUGUGCAUUUAUAUCAUAUAACACAUGUCUUAUAACUGAAAUUUUCUUGCAUAAGGUUUUAAUAUUGUUUAUCAAUUUCUGAUAAGGCUAAUAACGAUUGUUUUCGAGCAAUUUUCAUGACUAAUUGAUAAAAAGUAAUAAAGUAGAAACAAUUCGAGCAUUUAUUCGUUACGUGUUAUGACUACAUAUAUGAUUUUUGGUGCACGCUAAAUUUUCGACACGUUUUUUAUUUCGGAAUUUUUCGAAGCAAUGCUAAAAUUAAUUUUUUUGUAACGAUUGAAAACAAUAUUUGGUUACACAAUCAAAGAUUUAUUAAUUAAAAGAUAAAAGAUCAAGCUACAAAGUAAUAUUUUAUAUUAAUGAUUCUAACCUGUGAAGAUAAAGAAAAGUGUCAAAAAGAUUUCUCCUUUAGCAAAUAUAUGUCCAGUGAGAUUAAAAAAAAAAGAAAUAAUUACAACCGUCAUUUUCUGACUAAUAAUCUGUCAGUGUUGCGACCGAUUGAGCAACUGAAACAAGUGGUAUGCUUUGGAAGACGACGACGAUGUCAACAAAGCUACGAUACAUCCUUGUGUUUGUCGAACGUUACGUACUGUGGAAACAAAAUAAAGUGAAAUAGUGUUUACUAUUAUUUUAUCAAGCUAAUAUUCAUAAGUACAUCGUAUACAUAAAAAUAUAUUGUACAUUAGACUUUAUUUUUCGACGUACUUAUAUCAUUUCUUCGUUUGUUUGAUAAAAUCGACAGUGUUACACAUCUUAUAAUCUUCAAGAUUUAUCAUUCAGUUUAAUAUUCAUAUUGUAUUUUAUAUUUGCACAUUUAUCAAUGCUUCAAAAAUUCACAUUUAUAUUUGCUUAUGAAUUAAUCACAGAAUCACAAUUAAUCACAUAAUGCGACUCAUUAGUCCAGAAAAAUUAAGUGAAAUUCAAAGCAAACCAGCUAAUAUAAGAAAUAUUUGUAUAUUAGCUCAUGUAGAUCAUGGCAAAACGACUUUGGCAGAUUCCUUGGUUGCUAGCAAUGGAAUUAUUUCUAAUAAACUUGCUGGUAAAUUACGAUAUUUAGAUAGUCGUCCCGAUGAACAACUUAGAGGAAUUACAAUGAAAUCGAGCUCUAUUACUCUUUAUCAUAAAUAUAAUUGUCAAGAAUUUGCUAUCAACUUAAUUGAUUCUCCAGGGCAUGUAGAUUUUGCUUCAGAAGUCUCAACAGCUGUUAGACUUUGUGAUGGUGCCAUCAUUGUGAUUGAUGUGGUAGAAGGUGUAUGUCCACAAACACGUAGCGCAUUAUCUAUUUCUUAUACAGAAGGUUUAAAACCAAUUUUAGUACUAAAUAAAAUAGAUAGAUUGAUUACAGAAAUGAAAUUGUCUGCAUUAGAUGCUUAUGUGCAUUUAACACAAGUUUUAGAACAGGUCAAUGCUGUAAUGGGAGAAUUAUUUGCCAGUGAUGUAAUGGAACGUGAAGAAAAAGAAGAAUUGAGAAAAGAAAAAAUGGAAAACAUUUCCGAGAGGAAUCUAGCAGAUUGGCAAUCUGUACUAGAAGAUAUAGAUGAUUCCAACUUAUAUUUUUCUCCUGAACAAGGUAAUGUCUUAUUUUCCAGUGCUACAGAUGGCUGGGGAUUUGGCAUCAAAGAAUUUGCCAAUAUAUUUUCAGCCAAAUUAGGCUUUAGCGAAAAGGUUCUAUUGAAAACACUUUGGGGAGAUUAUUAUGUAAAUACUAAAACGAAAAGAAUAAUGAAAGGAGCUCAAGAGAAAGCAAAAAAACCUCUAUUUGUUCAACUUAUUUUGGAUAAUCUUUGGUCUUUAUAUGAAACAAUAACUGUUCGUAAGGAUAAAGAAAAAGUAGCUUCAAUGGCUAAAAAAAUGGAUAUUAAAUUGACAACAAGAGAUUUAAGGCAUACAGAUUGUAGGGCUCAAUUACAAGCAGUUUGUUCCCAGUGGUUACCUUUGGCUCGUGCCUGCCUCGAUGUUAUAUGUGAAAAAGUUCCAGCGCCGCAUAAUUUAACUUCAGAAAAGGUAGAACGUUUACUAAGCGGAAACUUUGAUUUCUCUACAUUACCAGAAGAAACGAGACAAUUAAAAGAGACAUUUUUAGCUUGCGAUCCUUCUCCUGAUUCACCUAUCGUUGUAUUUAUAUCGAAAAUGUUUCCAGUAGAGAAAAAAGUAUUGCCAGAAAAUAAACCGAGACCUUUAACCUCGGAAGAGUUGGCUCAACGAAGAGAAAUAGCACGAACAAAACACGCGGAAAAAAUGAUGAAACAACAAAUGGCUGAAAAUACAGAGCAAGAUAUUAAUACCAGCAAUUUAAACGGCGGUCAAUCUUCGCAAUUAGAAAAUAUGGUUUCGAAAGAAAUCGAUGAGGAAGAUGAAAAUUCCGAAACUACAUUAAUAGCGUUCGCUCGGAUUUAUUCUGGAUGUUUAAGAGAGGGAUGCAGUGUAUACGUUUUAGGUCCAAAACAUGAUCCACGUGAAAUAUUGAAACGACAAAAAGCGGGCGAAUCUGUGAUAGACGAGGAUAUCACGUUAAAAGAUUUAAAACCUGGAAAACACGUGACUAAAGUUACUAUACGAAAACUGUACCUUUUGAUGGGCAGAGAAUUAGAACCUGCCGAUAAAAUAUUUUCUGGUAACGUAUUCGGAAUUGGUGAUCUGGAGGAUCAUGUAUUAAAGACAGCGACCCUUUCCACCACCAUUGCUUGUCCAUCUUUUUCGGAACUAACUUCACUCGGUGUACCCAUAAUGCGUGUUGCACUCGAACCAAAACAUCCGAAUGAUUUGCAGCCAUUGAUCAACGGCUUGAAAUUGCUUAAUCAAGCGGAUGCCUGUGCCAUUGUUCACAUUCAAGAGAGUGGGGAAAUAGUAUUGAACACUGCUGGAGAAGUGCAUUUGGAAAGGUGUUUGGAAGAUUUGAAGUUACGAUAUGCGAAAGUUGAUGUAAACGUAUCGGAACCUAUCGUACCAUUUAGAGAAACGGUUGUGCCUCCUCCGAAAGUUGAUAUGGUAAACGAAGCGAUUGAAAAAAAACCCGAGGAUGUUAGUUUUGCUACUUGGACAGCGAAUCGACAGUGUUACUUUGAAAUCGACGCGAGACCUUUACCGGAAAAGGUAACUAAGAUUUUGGAAAAAAACGUGGAUUUAAUAAAGCUGUUCUAUCAUUAUGAUAAAUCACGUUCAGACAAAGAGGAAGAAAGUGGAAAAAUUGCAUUGGACCUCAAAAUGGAAUCAUUGUGUUCGAUGUCAGAAAAGAAACAACGGGCAUUAGAAACGUUUAAAACUGAAUUGGCGAUUGCAUUUCGAGAAGCGGGACAGAAGGAUGUGUUAGAUAAAAUAUGGUCAUUCGGGCCACGAAAUUGUGGUCUUAACAUCUUGUUAAACGAAACCGACUACAAACAGAGAAAAUUUUGGGAAGGCCAUUCAAAGUCUACGGAUUCACGUGCUCCUUAUGAAAGUGGUAUGGUCAACGGUUUUCAAUUGGCAACGCUUGCUGGGCCUCUAUGCGAAGAACCUAUGAUGGGUGUCUGUUUUGUUGUGAAGAAAUGGGAAAUUUAUCAAGAUUCUCAAAGUGAAAAUAACGGACAUCAAAAUCAAGGACAUGUGGAUGGUGGUCAUUUGAUGUCGACAUGCAAAGAAGCUUGCCGCCGUGCUUUCAAUUCAAGACAUCCUCGACUAGUUACACCUAUGUAUAGCUGCAGUGUUUUAGUCAAUUCGGACGUAUUAGGGAAAUUAUAUGCGGUAUUUGGAAAAAGACAAGGACGAGUGAUUGCCGCGGAAAGUGCCCUCGGAUUUGGUGGACAAUUUCGCGUACUUGCAACUUUACCUGUACCGGAGAGUUUUCAACUUGCCAGGGAACUGCGAACUCAGACAUCCGGGCUGGCCAGUCCUCAACUGGUUUUCAGUCAUUGGGAGAUAAUCGAGCAAGAUCCUUAUUGGACGCCUUCCACGGACGAGGAAUAUCUACAUUUUGGUGACAAAGCAGAUAGUGAAAAUAAAGCUAAGAAAUAUAUAGAUGCAGUCCGUCGACGCAAAGGUUUACCUGUGGAUUCUCAACUUGUUACGCAUGCGGAAAAACAACGUACUCUUUCCAAGAACAAGUAAUCCUGGAUUACUAAACACACUUGCUAUACUUUUCUUCGUGCGAUUUUCCAUUCAGGCUGUAUAUAUUAUCCAGCGCAUGCGGCAUCACGUUUCUUUUAUAUACACAUUGGAUAUAUCAACAGCCUGAAUAUAACAAUUUAACCAAUA